CAUUGUCUCCGGUGUUUGUGUUGAGGUUUAACCGGAGGUCAUCAUUACGUAACGUCACACCUGCCUUUCAAAGGGAAACGAUGCACACAAGAACGUAAAUAGGGGUCCCAAACUUUCGCUCAUGAGACGACGGGAGUCUCUCCUCCCGAAGCAUCUGGAGACUAUUACAGGUUGGUGAACAGCUGCGCAGAGGAGUGGCUCCUCUUUCUGCCGCCGCAGACUGAAAAACAAUAGUGAUGUCUGCACAGAACCAAGCCGGGCCGGGCCGGGAUGGGCCGUGUGGCGCCACGUUGUCAGACAUUCACCUGCAGCCAAACAAAGCCCUGGUUCUUGUUAUUUGUCUGGACACGUGCAUCCUGCUGUCAGGACACGGAGCUCUCACAGGGUUAAACUCUCACAAACACUGGAGUUCUCCCUGCUGGUUUUUUCCCUGCUGAAGUUAUAAAUAGAGCCGUGUGUUCAGUCCGGCGGCCGUCCUCCUCCUCCACACCAACGCCUCACCUUCUCCGCUCAUCUCCGUGAGCCACUUCUCCCGUCAGGAUGCGUUGCGUGAGCUGGUUUUUGUCGGGGACCCUCCUGGCGGUCCUGGCGGCGCGGGGGGCCCUGAGCCAGUGUCCGACCGGGUGCAACUGCCUGAGCAGCCUGCAGCACGUCAUCUGCGACGGCGCGGAGCUGAAGAGGAUCCCCCAGGUGCCCGAGGCCACGCUUUUGAUGAGCCUGCAGAGGAACGAGCUGGGCGUCGUCCCCGCAGGGGCCUUCAGCGACAACAAGGAGCUCAACUCGCUGCACAUGCAGAACUGCGGGAUCCGGGAGAUCCAAUCCAAGGCUUUCAAGGGUCUGAAGAAGCUCACCUACCUCUACCUGUCCAACAAUAACAUCAGCAUCAUCAGGCCCGGCGCCUUCGAGGACCUCACCCACCUCACGUACCUCUACCUGGACGGAAACCAGAUCAGCGAGCUGYUUAAGGGGAUCUUCUCCCCGAUGGUCAGCCUUUUCUUCCUGCAGCUCGARGACAACCAGCUGCAGGAGCUGAGGCCGGGCACCUUCAGAGGAGCUAAAGUCCUGAGGAUGCUGCACAUGAGCGGGAACCAGCUGACCACGCUGCAGCCGGGCUCCCUGGACGAAGUGGAGAACCUGGCUCUGCUUCACCUGAGCAGGAACAAGUUGUCCACCUACCCCAGCGCUGCCCUGAGCAAGCUGCGCGUGGUGGAGGAGCUGACGCUGGCCGACAACCCCAUGAAGAUAAUCCCAGAGAACGCCUUCAGGAGCUUUGGGCGCUACCUGGAGAAACUACAGCUGGACAACAUGGGCUUAGAGAAGUUCUCUGACGGGGCCUUUAACGGCGUGACAGCCAUCAGAUUUCUUCACCUGGACAACAACAACCUGAAGUCUCUUCCCAAAGACCUGCAGUUUAAAACCAUCACCAACAUCACCCUGCAGAACAACCCCUGGAGCUGCACGUGUCAGCUAGCUCCACUGCUCAGGUGGAUGGACUUGAGAAAAAUCCGCCCGGAUGCAGUUUGUGCGUCUCCGUCGUCUCAGAAAGGCAAACCAGUCAGAGAAAGCGCCACCUUCAGGCGCUGCAGGAUCAAGACCAAACAGAAAAGCAAGAAGGACCCGCUCUAAUGAGGCUCACAGUAAAAGGAGUCCUGGUGUCCAACGACAAGGAGAGCGAUUGACUCUACUCUGAAAGACUGUCACAGGUUUUAUUCUGCAGUUAUAUCAAAGACAGGACAAUGAACGGAUGGUUUCCUCAAUAAUUUAGAGUUUCUCUGAAGAAUCUGCUCCACUUCUGAGGCGCUCAUAUAACCUGCCUUCAGGCGGUUCAGUCCUUUUAUUUUUCAGCUUUUUUUCCUGUAGAAUCAUAAAUCUGUACGUAGUUCGUUUCUGUUCUUAGAACAGAAAAGAAGAGGAUGGAUUUCAGUUCAACAAACAUUUGUGUUAAAAAAAUAAUAAUAAAGAUGGGAGAACUAUUUGCUUGUUGAAUGUUUAUUCAGAAUCUUUAUAUUUCUUAGACUUUUGGAAGCGAUCACAUCCAAUAAAUCUUUUACAAAAGUA